AUGUCGUUUUUAGGGGUCCCAACUUCGCUCGGCCAUGCGGUACAUAAACUGGCCCUCUGGGUACUUUUCGCCGUCAUCUUCAGCUCCAUCGUGAGAUUCAUAUUGCUCGUCGACCUCAACAAGCGAGUAUACAACCAUGCGCCCGGCCCAUGCCGACUCAUCCACCAAAUCACAAACGGAUCGGCAGGACUAGAAUUCUUGACGGCCGAAAAUCUUGUUUUCAUUACCACUGGGUUGGCAAAAUAUCGAGGUGUUACUAAUACUAAAUCCGGGCUUUUCACCUACUCAUUCCCGCCCCCUUCUGAUCAACCGGUUCGCCAUGAUGCUCAAGAAGUCAAGAUCGACAACUUUUCAUUGAACUUUGCGCCUUUCGGGUUGAGCGUCUAUUCAUCGAAAGGACGGCUUCACCUGUACAUCGUCAACCGGGCACAGCAACCGAAUUGUGUGGAAAGCUUUUCCUACAAUCGCGAGAAGCGGGUGGCCACGCAUCGGAAAUCAAUUUGCGACCCCAAAUUUACGAGUCUACAAGACAUUGUCGUCGUUGGGCCGGAUCGGUUCUUCGUCACAAACACCCAUUAUGCCCGUCAUAUACUGUUGCAAACGGCCGAGGCAGCCUUUCAGGCUUCAUCCGGCUCGCUGUAUCUAUUUGACGGUAAAACGGUUUCUUCGGCGGUUCCAUGGCUACCCACGCCAGGCGGGCUGGCCUUUGAUUCAAAGCGGAAUCUGCUCCAUGUUGGGCUGAUUCUAUCUGAGGCAAUCCGUGUCUAUUCCAUUUCCCCUUCGCUGGCUCUGACGCAGAAAACGGAGAUCUCGCUUCUGUCAUCGCCAAUGGGCAUCCAAAUCGAUGAGCAAUCUGGUGAUAUCUGGACAGCGCUAUUGCCAGUUGUCCACGAUGCCUUCUUUCAUCUCUCCGAUCCAGGGGAAGCUAGGAUAAAGGCUGCCUCGCAAGUUCUUAGGAUUCGGAUGCAAGAAGACGGCAUUUCUUGGGUAAUAACCGAGCCCUAUGCGAACGACGGCGCAACAAUUUCCGGUUCGGUUUCUGUCAUCUAUUUCCAAGAACAGAUGCUGAUCGGCUCGUUAUUCGGACGCUUGCUUCACUGCGACGUCGUCAACCCGCUCAUUACG